AUUACUGGCAAGCUUCGACGUAUAAAGAUGAAUUCGAAGGAAAUUAUUUUGUUUAUGGUAGUUCUAGUGUUGUAGACGAAACUAUUUUUCAGUUUCGCCCUAUAAGUCCGAAAUUAGUUUCGCCCAAUUCUGAUAUACAAAAUUGGGUUUCGCCUACAACAUCAG